AUGGGAUCCAACUACUGGAACAACAACAGCUGGUAUGAUGCCUCGUCACCGCAGGACCAGGCCUCGUCGCCAUCCGGAUACUCCUUCGACUAUUAUCAGUCACAGCCUUUGGUCAGAUAUGGUAGUUCUGGCAGUAACUCUCAGGCUUCCACCAGGGGCCCCGAGUCACCUACAGACGGCAGCUACUACACUCUGCAUGGCUCACCAACUAUGGACGAUGGUAUGUACCAGCAAAGCUCUAGCUAUCAACAACAUUACACCUCUGGUCAGACAAGGACUGGAGAAUCUUCUGUGCCACGGGGCGAAUCUGGAAAUGACUGGCCAGUCUCUUGCCUUCACCCUGGUUGUACUGCUCGCCCUUUCAAGCGUACAGCCGACCUCAUUCGUCACUAUAAGAACACGCAUGCUCCUGAAUCGAGCAAGGAUGUUUAUCUCUGUGACUAUCCUCGGUGCACUCGCUUCCGUGAGCCAUUCCACCGUCGCGAUCACUUCCGAGACCAUCUCCGCGAGUACCACUGUGAAGAUAUCAUGAAGCGCGGAGCCACUGUUAACGAAGAGUGGCUCGAAGGUCGCUAUACUCCUUCAACUUGGUGGCGCUGUCCCCGAUGCCUUGUCAGAGUCAACAUCUCAAAGCACGGCUACGAAUGCCCCGGGUGUAAGACAUCGUGCGAAUCUAAGCGCAAGGAGAAGCGCCGCAGUCGAUCUUGA